UCGAAAAGCUCCAAUUUCGGUAAGAACGUAGGCCUGAGACCUAAGAACAUGUGCAGAGCAUGUUAUCUUCACUGUAAUUAUCUUAAAGACGUAUAUUCAAACGAUCUUGAGACGCAGUCUCAAACUCUUCUCUUAGAGUUGAUAGCAUUCGAAACGUACUGGGCAACGCAUCUUUCUGAUGAGCAAUCGGCAUGGGUUUUCGAUUUGUUCAAGCAAAAUAUGUUUCAACUCUAUUCAAUGUCACAGUGGGGGUGGGAUCCAGAUUCGAAAAAGGCAGAACUUGGUGCAACUACUGCCAGGUUUAUCAUAGCUAAAAAUGAGCAAGGAGAACCCAUAGGCUAUACGCAUUACCGUUUCGAUAUGGAUCAUAAUAGCUCCGUUCUCUAUUGCUACGAAAUCCAGGUGGAGGAAAGAUAUCAGAAGAAAGGCGUUGGAACGUUAUUGAUCCAAACUCUUGAGACGUUAGCUGAAAAGACUGGUAUGGAGAAAGUGAUGGCUACUGUUUUUGCUUUCAACGAGAAAUCAUUAGGAUUUUUCCAUAAAUUAGGUUAUGAAACGGAUAUUUCAUGUCCCGAUGAAAAUCAGGGUCGUGAUUACCUCAUCCUUAGUAAAGCGGUUAUUUGA